AUGAAAAGAUUUAUAAUAUCAAGAUUUCAUGAUUUUACAAAGACAAACUUUCCAAAAUGCUGUUUCAAACCAGCUGUCUUGGCAAAUCAAAGAAUUCAUGGUCAAUAUGCAAACAUGAAUAGCUCUAGAAGUGAUACUGCCAAUAGUAAUAUAAGAUCUUGUCAACCAAUUGAGGGUGAUUAUCCCAUCUGGUAUGUUUAG